CCCAAACCCCCCCCCAAAAAAAAAGAAAAAUAAUUCCAAAACCCUGCCACAACCACCACAAUGAUCAUUUGCUGCGCUGGCUGCGACAAACCUAUCCUGGACAAGUUUCUCCUGACGGUGCUGGACCGAACGUGGCACGCCGAGUGUGUCCGUUGCGUCGACUGCGGGUGCGCGCUCACCGACAAGUGCUUCAGCCGCGAGGGAAAGCUCUUCUGCAGGAGCGACUUCUUCAGGCGCUUCGGAACCAAGUGCUCGGGCUGCCUGCAGGGCAUCUCCCCGCAGGACCUGGUGCGGAAGGCCCGAGACCGCGUCUUCCACCUCAAGUGCUUCACGUGCUGCGUCUGCCGCAAGCAACUGUCCACCGGCGAGGAGCUGUACGUGCUUGACGAGAACAAAUUCAUCUGCAAGCAAGACUACAUGAGCGGGAAAGCUAUGGCAGACUCGUUCGCGGGCGGCUCCGAGGACGAGGACGACGAGCCCAUGGACGUCAAGCCGCCCAUCGAGACCAGCAGCACCGCCGGCACGCCGCCCCCUCCGCCCACCAGCCCCCCUUGGCCCCGCCCACCCUCACGCCCGCGAACCCCAGCGCCCUCAGCAACUCCCUUUCCAGUGUGUCCGCGCCCACGCCGGGAGCCGGCCUUCCCGCGGGCGUGCUGAUGGGCGGCGGGCGGCCCAACACGCCCACGAGGUCCCUGGGCGUCGUCCCGCCCACCAACACACCGCCCAUCCUCGAGCCGAUGAGAGUGGGCGACACUAAGGUUAAUAACUCGUUCGCU